GCCAGCCGACAGUUAGUCUCAGCUGAAAGAUUCGAAACCGCCGAUCCGAGUUUGGCGGUUGUGGCCAGACCCGGUUGGCUUAUCUCAUAGCACUGGCGGAAGGCAGCGCCGGAGCUGAGGGUGUCUCUGGAAGCCCGUUGGCUCCGCAAUGAAGAAGAUUUUUGGUUUCGGGGGUAGGCAGAGCGACUCCCCUUGGGGCCCCUCCAGCAGCCAGCGGAGGGACAGCAGGGGCGGCCUGCGGAAGGACGGCAAGAGAGCCGACUCCCCGCCCGGGUACCACAUUGCAGACAAAGAUCUUGGGAAGAUACACAAGGCUGCCAACUUGGGCAAAGUAGCCAAAGUGCAGCAGGUUCUAUUGCUCGGAAAAAAUGACUUAAAUGAUAGAGACAAGAUGAACAGGACUGCUCUCCAUUUAGCCUGUGCUAAUGGCCAUGCAGAGGUAGUAACUCUCCUAGUAGAAAGAAAAUGCCAGCUUAACCUAUAUGAUAAUGAAAACAGGACAGCUCUUAUUAAGGCCGUGCAAUGCCAGCAGGAGGAAUGUGCAACUAUUCUUCUAGAACAUGGUGCCAAUCCAAAUCUUACAGACAUCGAUGGCAACACUGCUCUCCACUAUGCUGCCAUUGGUCAGAAUUUAUCAAUAGCUGAAAAGCUGCUUUCACACAACGCAAGCAUUGAGGCAAGAAACAAGGAUGACCUUACACCACUCUUACUUGCUGUAAGUGAAAACAAACAGCAAAUGGUAGAAUUUUUAGCAAAGAAAGAAGCAAGUAUAUGUGCAGCUGAUAUGAUGAAAAGCAAUCGUAAAGAGGAAAAGGAAUCUAAAAUUUCUUCUCAAAAUUCUCUAAAUCCUUCUCCAGGGGCAGAGAGUUCUGGAGAAGACUCUUUAAACAGGCUUUCCAACAAACCUGGCAUUGAUGAUUCAUGGCCUGCAUCAGAUGAUGAAGACUUAGAAGUUGAUACCAAGAAUGUCCUGAAACCAAGCUUAACAAAACUAAUGACUGCUUCUCAGCAAUCCAAGAAAAACACUGAAGCAAAACGUAGUGUAAGACCACACAAAAGAACCUUAUUUGAGGACAGUAAUUCUUAUAGUGAAAAUGAAGAAGUGGUUGAAACCCUUCCCAAGCCCUCAGUCGAAAUCCAGGGCUGUUCUCAUCCUUCCUUUCUAUUCCCCAAGUCUGUGUUGAAACCUCCAAAAUCUUUAGUAGUCCUUGGUGUAACAAAGAAAGAACCAACAAAGCCAUCAGUUGGAAAACAAGAAAAUUGUAAUGAUGCUGUUGAAUGUACUCCACAUAAUUUGACUUCUUUUGAUGGAGCACCCAAAAGUAAUAGAGGUGAUAUGAUGUCUGCAUUAGGAUUGGGAGGGGAGGAAGACAGAGAAUCACCUUGGGAUUCUGAGAGUAUCUCUGAGAGUCUUCCACAGAAUGUUGAUCAUUUUUCUGGAGCUGCAGAUCAAAAAGGAAAAAAUAUAUUAAAUAGUCAAUUAGAAGAUGUGUUUUAUAUACCUUCUUGCAUGAAUGGACAAAGAAAGUUAAAGAUUACUAAACUAGAGGAUGCAAGACAUGUAGGCAUACCAGAAGUCCACAUGGAUUCUCCUGAAAAAUAUCCCCACUUGGAGCCUGCUGCCAAAGUGGAAGACUCUGUUCCUAAUAAAACAGUAGGGGUGAAGGCGAUACUAACAUCCAAAUCAGAUUUGUCAGCAGAAGUAGACUUACAAAUGAUAUCAGAGGAAGAACAAGAAAGGCUUGAUGGAAGUGAUUAUAAUCACCCACAGGUUGAAGAAGAAAAGCAGCAGCACAAAAGUAAUGACAUAGGAGGAUCAGGAAACAUAUAUGCUGCUGCUACUGCUGAUGGGGUAACUCAACAAAGAAAAAGGGACAAAACUGAUAACCAGCAAUUUCCUCUUAUGCAGAGUGAAGAUUCUGAUAGACCUGCAAAGAAAACAUCUGAUGAAAGGAAUAAGGUCAAAAAGCAAAUUAAUUCAAUGGAUGACCUUGAUGACUUAACUCAGUCAUCUGAAACAGCUUCAGAGGGCAAGUUGCCUUACUCUACUUAUAAGAAUUCCAUGUUGCUAAUUGAACAACUUGGCAUGGAGUGUAAAGAUUCUGUGAGCUUACUGAAAAUCCAGGAUGCAGUUCUUUCAUAUGAAAGAUUAAUAGAACUUAAAAAAGGUCACUGUGAACUACUUAAAGGAAAAGUAAAAAAUAUGGAACAUAAGGUUAGUGGACUACAAAAGGAGCUAUCAGAAACAAAAGAGAUGGCAUCACAGUUAGAGCAUCAAAAAGUGGAAUGGGAACAAGAACUCUGCAGUUUGAGAUUUACCUUAAAACAAGAAAAAGAAAAGAGAAGAAAUGCUGAUAUGUUGUAUGAAAAAACUAGAAUGCAUUUAAGAAGAAAAGAGGAGCAACACAGUAAAGAAGUUGAAAAGAAACAGCAAUUGGAAUUUGCUCUUCGAACACGAGACAUGGAAUUGAGGACUGUAAGAAUUAAUCUGAAUCAGGUUACAGAAGAGCGAAAUGACAUUCAGAGGCAACUUUCUCAAGAACAGAAUGCCAGAAUAUUGCAAGACAGGAUUCUGACCAAUCACCUUUGCAAACAAAAGGGGACAGAAAUGGCACAUACAAAAAUGAAUUCUGAGAUUUCUGAUAGUCAUGAACAUCUAUUGCUUAAAAUCUACAUGUUGCAGGAUAAAAUUGCCAUGCUAAGACUGGAAAUAGACACAAUAAAAAAUCAGAACCAGGAAAAGGAAAAGAAAUAUCUUGAGGACACUGAAAUUAUAAAAGAAAAAGAUGAUCUUCAAAAGACAAUAAAAGUGAAUGAGGAAACACUAACAAAAGCCAUACUCCAAUACAGUGGACAGCUUAAUGUCCUGACAGCUGAGAAUACAAUGCUAAACUCUAAGCUGGAGAACGAAAAACAAAACAAAGAAAGAUUGGAGACAGAAGUUGAAUCAUACCAUUCUAGACUGGCUGCUGCUAUACAGGAUUAUGAUCAAAGUCAGGCAUCAAAAAGAGAUCUAGAACUCGCUUUUCAGAGAGCAAAAGAUGAGUGGUUUCGUCUACAGGACAAAAUCAAUUUUGAUGUGUCUAACCUAAAAGAUAACAAUGAGACUCUUUCUCAGCAGCUUUCUAAAGCUGAAAGUAAAUUCAAUAGCCUCGAAAUUGAGCUCCAUCACAUGAGAGAUGCUCUCAGAGAAAAGACUUUGGUUUUAGAACUUGUGCAAAGAGACCUAAGCCACAUACAGUGUCGAAAUAAGGAAAUUGAACAAAUGUAUCAGAAUGAGCAAGGUAAAGUGAGUAAGUACAUUGGAAAGCAGGAAUCCUUAGAGGAGAGAUUAUCUCAACUACAAAGUGAAAAUACAUUGCUCCGACAGCAGUUGGAUGAUGCUCAGAACAAAGCUGACAAUAAAGAAAAGACAGUAAUUAAUAUCCAAGACCAGUUUCAGGAAAUUGUAAAAAAACUUCAAGCUGAAAGUGAAAAACAAGGUCUUAUGCUGAAAGAAAGAAAUGAAGAAUUAAUCAAUUAUUGUAAUAAUUUAAAAGAAAGAAUACAUCAGUAUGAAAAUGAGAAAGCAGAAAGAGAAGUAGUUAUGAGACAACUUCAACAAGAACUGGCUGAUACCCUAAAAAAACAAUCUAUGUCAGAGGCUUCUCUGGAGGUUACAUCACGUUACCGAAUUAAUUUAGAAGAUGAAACACAGGAUUUAAAGAAGAAAUUGAGGCAAAUCAGAACUCAAUUGGAAGAAGCACAAGGUCAACAUAUAGAGGCUGUAAGAUGUGCUCAGAAGACACAGGAUCACUUGCAAAAGCUUGAAAUCGAAAAUGACAACUUAAAAGUAACAAUCAAAAAGCAAGUGGGCAAAAUUGAACAGCUUCAGAAAAACCUUUUAAGUACAAGUUUGUAUCAAGGUGAAAAGGAACAGUUAAAGAAAUUGACAGAGUUAAAACAAUCUCUAGAACAUAGUUUGGAUCAAGAAGUGAAGAAAAACAGUGAAUUAGAAAAAGAUAUUUCUGGACUUAAGAAACUCUUAAAUAGGACAAGAAAGAAGUUAAAUGAAUAUGAAAAUGGAGAGCUUUGUUUCCAUGGAGAUUUAAAACCCGAUCAAACUGAAAUGGACAUUCAGAUUAAUAAACUAAAACAUAAGAUUGAUGAUCUUACAGCAAAACUGGAAACUUCAUCUUCAAAAUGUCAAAAUCUAGAUGCAAGAAAUCAAGUUCUUCAACAGGAGCUAUUAUCUAUGAGAGCAAUGCAAAAGAAAUGUGAAAAACUAGAGAGGAAUAAAAAGAAGUUGGAAGAGAAAGUAGUAAACCUCAGGACUCAUAUAGAAAUAAAUAUGGUAGAACACAGCCAAGUAAAACUGUAUAAGCGGGACAUUGAAGAAAGAGCAAGACAGGAAAUAGUAGAAAAAUUAAAAGAAGUCAAUCUGUUUUUACAGGCACAAGCAGCAUCUCAAGAAAAGUUAGAGCAGUUGAGAGAAAAUAAUAGUGCUUCAAUAAGAAGCCAGAUGGAACUCAGAAUUAAAGACCUGGAAUUUGAGCUCUCCAAAACAAAAACUUCUCAAUAUUCUAGUAAAACAGAAUUGGAAAAAUACAAGCAACUCUACCUGGAAGAAUUAAAAGUUAGAAAUUCAUUGGAAAAUAAACUAAACAUUCUCUACAGGACUAAUGAGAGGCUAACAGAGAUCAAUGCCAAAAUUCUUGAGGAAAACCAGCAGAACAGAACUUUACUCAGCACUCUUACUAUGAGGCCAGCGCUGGAAGCAACUUGCAUUGGAAAUCUUAAAGAUUCAGUGCUCAAUAGAAAUCUUACUCCAAGAGAAAACUUACUGAUUCCUACCCCAAACCCGCGGACUUCAGAUAACAUAGAGACAUUCCUUGCCAAGGUGCAGCAGGAAUUGGAAGAGAAUAUAACUAGAGAACUAGAAGAAGCUGCUGCUGAAUUUGAAUCUGAAUUCUGUAGAGUUCCUCCACUAGGAUCUACUGAUAUGUCAAAUCCAACUCAAUAUCUACUUUUGAAAACAGCACAAGAAUAUGCACAGAUUUUGAGGAAAAAUUAUAUGAUCUGAAAGAUAAAUGUAAAAAUAUAUAUACUGGUCUGUUUAUAUCAUCCUUUUGCAUUAAACAUAGGACAUGUGAAAAUCUUUAUUAAAGGAAAAUAUUUUUGUUUCAUGUGUAUGAUGAAAAUUUAUACACUAUUUUAAACUUUAUUUCCUGGCACCUUACUAACUUUUAAGAUUUUGUGAAUGAAAGCUGGCACUAUGGAGCUGCCUGAGUACCAGCUAUUUAAACAGCAUCCAAACACUCACAUUGUUGUUAAUACCUCAGGGGGGUUAAUUUUUAGCUUUUUUGUAUUUUCCAAUUUUUAACACGAUAUACGGACCUCAAGAUGUAGACAGACAUUUUGAUAUGCUACUGCUAUGGAUAUUAUCAAUAUUUUGAUGUGUUAAUGAUUGUUAGAGUGCUAUAAAAUAUUUAAUUUAAUUUUAAACACUGAUGCACAGAUAUUUUUUCAUGAAGAAAUAAGAUUUGCCUAAGGCUUUUCUCCUUUUCUAUUUAUUUACUUUUGAUUUAUUUUUUGGAAACAGUCUUAAAAUUAGAGAAAAGUUCCCAGUUUUAGUACAAAGAGCUUCAUUCCCUGGCAUCAUCUGAGAAUAUUUGCUGACAUUAAGCCAUUCUUCCUGAUUCCUUUAGUGUUUAUUUCCUACAUGUUAGUAUGUUCCACAUAAUUACCAGAAAAUUAACACUAAUACAUUUGAGCAUUCAAUCCUCAUGUUUUUUUCACAUGUUGCCACUAGUCUGUAGUGUCCCUUAGAGCAAAAAGAUGCCAUUCAGACCCACACAUCACAUUUGGCUGUUGUGCCUGUUAGUCGCCAUCAGUCUGGAACAGUUCCUCAGUCUGUCCUUGAUUUUCAUGACCUUAAAUCUUUUGAAGAGUAAAUCCCAGUAACGUAGAAUGUACCUCAAUGUGGAUUUUUCUGUUUUUAUUGAUAAGCUUCAAAUCAAACACUUUCAGCCAAAGGCUUACAGAAGUGGUCCUAUAGUCUUUCUCCCUGCAUCCUGUCAUUUGGCCUAUGAUUUUGAUUUGUCCCCUUCCUGGUGAUAUUAUAGCAAUGGUCACUGAGAAUGUAGCAAGGCCAGAUUUCUCCACUAGAAUGUCCCCUUUUCACUUUAUAGUGAAUUAUUAUUUUAUAGGGAAGAGCUUUGAGACUAUGUAAAUGCCUUUGUUCCUCAUCAAAUUUCUGAUUAUUCAUUUACUUCCGUCAAUAUGGAUUCAUUGUUUAUUUUAUUCAGUGGGCUAUAAAUUGUUAAUACCAUUUUUAAAGUUCAUUUUUCUUUUAGAAAUGUUCUAUUUUGAUAAUUUCAGACAUAUGGAAAAGUUGCAAGAAUAGUGCAAAGAACUCUUGGAUCCCAUUCCCCAAACAACAUUUUACUGUAUUUGCUUUAUGUUUUCUCCCUUCUUCUCACUUUCUAGAUAAAUAUGCAGGUAGGAAUAUAAUAGGUUUUUUUUUUCCUGAACCAUUUGUAAAUUGUAGACAUGAUUACUCCUAUGAACAAGGAAUUAUUUUAACAUAACUGUAGCAUAAUUAUCAAAAUCAGAAAGAUCUAUCGACCCUAUUCAGAUUUUGCUAAUUGUCUCAAUAAUAUCUUUUUUAGGCAGAGAAAAGCUAUUAUGCUGUGUUGUGUCCAAACGUCCUCUGUCUUUAGUCGCCUUCAAUCUGGGGCAGUACGUUAGUCUUUGAUGUUCAUGAUAUGUACAUUUUGAAGAGUGUAGGUCAGCUGUUUUAUAGGUAUUUUGGUUAUUCUGAAGAUUUUUCCUCAGUUCAGGUUUGUUGGAUAUUUCCUCAUGAGCAGAUUCCGGUUAUGCCUGUUUGGGCAGGAUUGUCACACAAGUGAUGCUGAGUUCAUGUCAAAACAGUGAAUCUUGAAGGCACAGUCUUGGUACCAUUUCUGGCAAUGUUGACUUUGAUCAUUUCGUUAAGAAAUGUCUGUCAGGUAUGAAUUCAUAAGUAUGUAAUUGGAUAACUAAAUUAAAAGUUUAACUUUGAUUUUAAGAUACAGUUGAUAUUAACAGAACUUAAAUAAUGUAUGUAUUAUACUUAAAUUGCCCUUUUUAGUACACUCAUAACUUCUUUUACCAUUACCGUGGCCUCUAUACAAUACAGAUUCAUGUUUUGUAAUUAUGAUGCUAACCAUAGUCUUAAUCAUUUUUAUUAAUUACCACCUAUAAGUAGCCAACUUUUCUUUUCUUCAGACAGAAAUCUACAAGACAGGAAUCCAAAAAUUGCUGAUGUUUUUUUACAAAUACAAAUUGUAGAUUAUCCUUAUAAAUUUUUCAGAUUGCAAAAGAAAUGCGUAUAUAAAAUCAUCGGACAUUUUGAUGUUGAAUCAUUUGAUAAUGGAUAGGAGUAAAUUCAAAUGUUUUUGACUAAAAUUUUUUAUUUGUGGCAACAAAAAAUGUUGAAAAUUCUUUGAUUCUUUUCCCUUUAAGAGGGGAGCCUUAUUCUCCCUUUAGUAUGGACUACACUUAGGGGUAUAUUUCUAAUGAAUAGAACAAAGUGGUCAUGACAAUGUGCGACUUAAGACACAAGGUAAUGAAAAGCACUAGUGUCCUCCUUUCUGUCUGAGAUCAUUUGUUCUGGCAGAAGCCAGCUGCCAGGUGGUGAGGACUCUCAAGCAGCUUUAUGGAGAGGUCCCUGUGGAGAGCUGAGGCCUUCAGCUGAUAGCCAUGUGAGUGAGCCAUCUUGGAAGUGGACCCUCCCUGCCUGCCUUGUAGUAAGUUACAGAUAAUCCAUUUCCGUUCAUGUAUCAGGGACAAAAUAAUAUUCAGAGACUGACCUUUGCAGGGGUACAUCAUGAAGAUUCAUGUCCUUAGAAGUUUGCAGGAAAGAGGUGUUUUUGUUUUAAUCAGCUGGAUGCAUUGAAAGUGUUGUUCAUCAAGAUGACAGUGUUUGGAGGUGUCCUAUUAAUUGUCUGACUGGGCUGUUGAAUGCAGUAUUAAACCUUUUGAAAUUGAACUUCAAGAACUUUGUAUCAAGGAGACCUGAUUUUAAGAGAAUUUAUCAUCAGCUGGAUGGAGAGUUUCUGGUAUGUGAUGUUGGUGGGGAUGGUGAAAGGAUUUUAUGUACUAUAGGCAAUCUUAACUGGGCUUGUAUAGGACCCAUAUGCAUUUUAAGCUAUGAAAGAUGGUAAACACAUUUAUAAGUCCUGGUUGUUUAGUUGGCUGAAUACACUUGAAUUUAAAUUGUAGAAUUAGGAAAGAUACAGAACGUGAACUUACUCAUUGAGAAGAGAUCAAACCAUCUCUUAAAUAUGACUAAUUAAAAUAAUUUAAAACUUUUCAAAGAAAUAGAAAAUAUGCCUUAAAAUAUUUUGAUUACUAUAGUUUUAAAGAACUUAGUAUUUCUGACUUCAGUACAUCCAUUACCAAAAAUGCUGAAAAGAAAAAUAUUUGGGAAAAUAAAGGUAACUGAAAAUCUCAUUACUCAGAGGUCCCAUUUUAGAAUAAAUUCUUAAAUUUUUAAAUCUCUACACAAAUAUGUAUAUGCGUACUAUUUAAAAGAAUGUUAUAGUUCUACAGUCUACUUUUUUCAUUUAACAACAUACUGUGAAUUUACUUCUCUAUCAAUAACUAUGGAAUGAAAAGUAACUGGAACCUGGAGUCAGAUUAUCUGGGUUGGAAUCCUUGCUCCUAUAUUUACUUGCUGAGUGACUUUGAACAUGCCACUGAACCUAUCAAAAUUCUGGCUGUCUUCAUCAGUUAAAUAGGAAGUAUGAUAGAAACUAAUGUUUAUGGCAAUAAAGUAAGUAAAAUACAUAAUACAAAACCUGGCAUAUAGUAAGAAACCUUUUAAUUUAUUAAUUAAAAUUUAUUUAGCAUCUACUGAGUUCAUUAUUGUUACACUAGGAGAUAGUGUUGAAUAGAGUAAAGAAAAAUAAAAUAGAAAGUAUGUAAAUUAUGUGAAUAUUGCAUAAAAUAUUU